CCCAACCCUACCUCCUGCCCUACCGCCCCCAUCCCAACCCUACCUCCUGCCCUACCGCCCCCCAUCCCAACCCUACCUCCUGCACUACCGCCCCCAUCCCAACCCUACCUCCUGCACUACCGCCCCCCAUCCCAACCCUACCUCCUGCACUACUGCCCCCAUCCCAAUCCUACCUCCUGCACUACUGCCCCUCAUCCCAAUCCUACCUCCUGCACUACUGCCCCCCAUCCCAAUCCUACCUCCUGCACUACCGCCCCCCAUCCCAAUCCUACCUCCUGCACUACCGCCCCCAUCCCAACCCUACCUCCUGCACUACCGCCCCCAUUCUACUGCCCAGGACCCCCCCCUUACCCCCCAUCCCCCUCGCAGCACCCCAAACUUCCCCCACUACGCUUCAUCCCCACCUCCCCUAAACACUCCCCCAUGGCACCCAAACCCAGACAUAAACAUAACAAUACACAUUCCCCUACAAACACCCCGACCACUGUACCCCUCCCUAGCCUCUCCACCAAUCCCCCCACUGUACCCCUCCCUAGCCUCUCCACCAAUCCCCCCACUGUACCCCUCCCUAGCCUCUCCACCAAUCCCCCCACUGUACCCCUCCCUAGCCUCUCCACCAAUCCCCCCACUGUACCCCUCCCUAGCCUCUCCACCAAUCCCCCCACUGUACCCCUCCCUAGCCUCUCCACCAAUCCCCCCACUGUACCUCUCCCUAGCCUCUCCACCAAUCCCCCCACUGUACCUCUCCCUAGCCUCUCCACCAAUCCCCCCACUGUACCUCUCCCUAGCCUCUCCACCAAUCCCCCCACUGUACCUCUCCCUAGCCUCUCCACCAAUCCCCCCACUGUACCUCUCCCUAGCCUCUCCACCAAUCCCCCCACUGUACCUCUCCCUAGCCUCUCCACCAAUCCCCCCACUGUACCUCUCCCUAGCCUCUCCACCAAUCCCCCCACUGUACCUCUCCCUAGCCUCUCCACCAAUCCCCCCACUGUACCUCUCCCUAGCCUCUCCAGCAAUCCCCCCACUGUACCUCUCCCUAGCCUCUCUCCCUCUCCUGUUUCACCAGCCAGACACCCCCAGCAGGUGGGGGAGGAAGGGAGAAAGCCCUCUCCUGUUUCACCAGCCAGACACCCCCAGCAGGUGGGGGAGGAAGGGAGAAAGCCCUCCCCUGUUUCACCAGCCAGACACCCCCAGCAGGUGGGGGAGGAAGGGAGAAAGCCCUCCCCUGUUUCACCAGCCAGACACCCCCAGCAGGUGGGGGAGGGGGAGAGAAAGCCCUCCCCUGUUUCACCAGCCAGACACCCCCAGCAGGUGGGGGAGGAAGGGAGAAAGCCCUCUCCUGUUUCACCAGCCAGACACCCCCAGCAGGUGGGGGAGGGAGAGAGAAAGCCCUCUCCUGUUUCACCAGCCAGACACCCCCAGCAGGUGGGGGAGGAAGGGAGAAAGCCCUCCCCUGUUUCACCAGCCAGACACCCCCAGCAGGUGGGGGAGGAAGGGAGAAAGCCCUCCCCUGUUUCACCAGCCAGACACCCCCAGCAGGUGGGGGAGGGAGAGAGAAAGCCCUCUCCUGUUUCGCCCUCUUCCUCCUCCUCUUCCUUCUCAGUUGAACAAUAUGACCAGUCUUCCUCUUCUGAUCAAGGCGUGCCCACCCUCCCCCCUAAAAUCUACGUGGUGGGGGCGGGACCUAAAGAGCCUCGCGGCCCUGCUCCAAUCCCACGUCGACCUCCUGUCUUGCCCCCCAGAACCACACCCACACAUAGCGAUGCUCCAGUCGAUGAGCCGCACACAGAGCGAACUCCACCCCCCCCACCUCGGACCAGAGUACACAACACACCAGUCGACACGCAGCCUGCUCUGCCCAUGAGAAGAGUCCCCCAGCCACCGCCUGAAAUCAGGUCAGAUUUUGGUGACAGUUCAGAUGACUCUGAGGAUCCAGACCAAGCUUACCCCAAGUCCCAGUCUGUGAACAUGGCAGACAGGGAUGUGUUCCUGCCCGUGCCGGGGUGGGGGAAGGGGCGGUACAGCUCUCUCUGCAGCGACGAUGAACUAUUGGACGAUGACAACGAGCCAAUCAGCAACCGUCGGAGCUCAUGGCAGGACUAUGGUCUGAGUACGGUCCAGGAGAGUGUCUACCUGCCGGUCACAGGCAGGGUCCUAGCCCCGCCCCCUAGAGAUGGCCCCUCCCCUGAACCAUGCCCUGUUCUAAAGAUGGGCUGGCUGGAUAAGAACCCCCCGCAGGGGUCACUGUACUACCAGAGGAGAUGGGUGAAGCUGGAUGUUGACUACCUGAGAUACUUUGACAACGACAAGGAGGUGUACUCUAAGAGGAUCAUACCAACGGCUGCCAUUACGGGGGUGACCAACGUGGGGGAGCAGAAGUUUGAGGUGGUCACAACCAACCGGACCUUUCUCUUCAGAGCCGAAAGCGACUUUGAGAGGAAUGAGUGGGUGUCAGUUCUGCAGAACUUCACUAGGGGGCGCCAGGAGGGCAGCAGGGAGAUUACUUCAUCGGUCCCACCCUCCUCACUGACCCCUGAACAGCAGGGCUACCUGGAGCUGAGGGGCCUGCGCUCCAAACUCUACACGGUCGUCUCCGGAGACAAGGUCUUCCUCUACAAGAACAUGGAGGACUACCGCCUUGGCAUCGGCAUCACGUCCAUCGAUAUGAACGUAGGAAACGUGAAAGACACUGACCGCCGCAGCUUUGAUCUGACAACACCCUACCGCAUCUUCAGUUUUCUAGCGGAUUCGGAACAACAUAAGGACCAGUGGGUAGAAGCGAUGCGUGAAGCGAUUGGAGAGGCUCUGUCCAAUAGUGAGGUGGCUAAUCAAAUCUGGGCGGAACCUAGCAAUGGUUGCUGUGCCGACUGUGGCGCCGCCAAACCUGAGUGGGCUGCCAUCAACCUGUGUGUGGUGGUCUGCAAACGCUGUGCAGGAGAGCACCGCGGUUUGGGCCCCAGCAUCUCUAAGGUGCGCAGUCUGAAGAUGGACAGGAGGGUGUGGACAGAGGAGCUUAUACAGGUCUUCCUGUUGCUAGGUAAUGAGCGUCUGAACAGAUUUUGGGCGGCGAACGUCCCUCCCAGCGAGGCGCUGAGUCCGACCAGUUGCAGCGAAGACCGCCGACGAUUCGUCAGCUCCAAAUAUAGACAGGGCAAAUACCGCAAAUACCACCCUCUCUACGGCAACCAGGAAGAGCUUAACAACGCCCUGUGUAUAAACGUGCAGUGCAGUGAUGUGCUGGAGACCUUAUGUCUGGUGUUCUGUGGAGCUGAUGUGAACUGUUCUACUGGCCAGGCUGACUGUCCCUCCCCCCUCUCCCUGGCACUCGCACACCACCAGAAACUACAGGCCGAGUUCCUCUCACACAACCUCAACACAGAGCUGCCUCGGUCGGAGGUGACUGGGGUCAUGGAGCCUCAACACUAUUCACCACAGCACCCCGUCACUCACAAUGGCUUCCUUUUCAAGACCGCCUCCGUGGCCCGGCCUAUCACGGAGCGCAAGGCCAGGGAGGAGUUCAGUCGUCGCUGGUGUACGUUGAACGAUGGGAACUUUAGUUACUAUGAGAGUGACAAGACCUCCACGGCCAACGGAACCCUGAAGUCUACAGAGAUAGUCUGUCUGUCUGUCAACACACCAGAGAGACAUGGCUAUGACCAUACGUUUGAGCUGUACUCAGACUCUGAGCGUAUCUAUCUCUUUGGCACUGAUGACCCAGACAGCCACAAGGAGUGGGUUAAGUCCAUCACCAAGACGUUUAUUCCAUCCAAUGCAGAGGGCCUGUUGAGGCUGGCUUUUGAAAGGAUUGGCCGGCUGCGGUAUAAAGACGGGCUGAAUCUACAGAGCCCUCGGGUUGGCUGGUUCGCUCUGGUCGGCUCCUCCCUCCAUGCCUACCUAGAUGACAGUGAAGAAGAGGAAGAGAUACACCUACGCAAACUACAGGAGCUCUCGAUCCAGCAGGAGAAUGAGGUACUGGUUCUGGUGGAGAGAGGCAGGACUCUGUACAUCGAGGGGGAGAGGAAGCUUGACUUCCAGGGUUGGUGUGUGUCCAUGCAGAGAGCAGCAGGCAGUGCAGGAGACUCUCUUAGUCAGCAGCAACUAACUGAGACUGACAUCCCUGUUAUAGUGGACCGCUGCAUUGACUACAUCACACAGUGUGGUCUGACGUCUGAGGGUAUCUACCGUAAGAGCGGUGUGAACAGUCGCGUGGCGGCGCUGUGCGAGGCGUUUCGGCGUGAUGCCCGUAGCGUGCGUCUGAAGGAGGGGGAGCACCAGGUGGACGACGUGUCUAACACACUGAAACGCUUCUUCAGAGAGUCUGGAGAGGGACUGUUCACCAUACAGGCUGCUAGCGCAUGGCUCAGCACACCUGUGAUCCCAGAGGAGAGCAGAAAGAUCUCUCAGUACCAGCUGCUGCUGAGCCAGCUGCCCAGAGUCAACAAGGCCACACUACGAGCCCUGGUCAACCACCUCUACUGUGUGCAGCGGUUUGCAGAGCUGAACCAGAUGAAUCUCCAUAACCUGGCUAUAGUAUUUGGCCCAACAUUGUUCCAGAGCGACGGGAAGGACUACACAGCUGGCCUCGUCGUAGAGGAACUCAUAGAGCACUACACAGACGUCUUUGAGGUGGAUGAGCAGCAGCUGAAAAGGCAGCUGGACGAGAUCACGGCCAUCAUUAAAGUCCGAGAGAAGUUGAACCUCAACUCCAGCGUCCCUGCGUCGGGGUCAGCAGGUGACUUCAUCUGUACAGUGUACCUGGAGGAAAAGAAGGAGACAGCAGAGCAGCAUAUCAAGAUCCCUGGUUCUAUGACGGCAGCAGAGCUGACCUGUGAGAUUCUGGACCGGCGGAAGAUCCAGGUCCGAGAGAAAGACUACUGGAGCUGCUGGGAGGUCAGCCAGAAGGAGGAGACCGAGCGUCCGUUGCAUCAUCUGGAGCGUGUGUUACCCAUCAUCCAUUCUCUGGGUACCGACUCCCACUUGCUGGUCAAAAAACAUCUUGCCAUGGAGGCCAUACGCAUCUACCUGGCCAGUAAAGUGGAUGUGUCCAAGCACGGGAUGGUGAAGUUCCGGGAGGAGAGGAGCAUUCUGGGAUUGGGACUGAAUACCGGCAGCUUCCACGACCGCUACUUCAUCCUCAACACUGUCUCCCUCAGGAUGUACAAGGAAGUGCGGAGUAAUCGUCCAGAGAGGGAGUGGCAGGUGAAGAACCUGAGGGUCUAUCUAGGCAUCAAGAAGAAACUACGACCACCCACCUGUUGGGGUCUGACUGUGAUCAAUGGAAGUGAAAAACAGGAGAAGCCAGAGAGGCAGCAAUGGUAUCUGUGUUGUGACACUCAGACAGAGAUGAGGGAAUGGUUCUCCACCUUCCUCACUAUCCAGUAUGAUGGUAACGUGUGGCCAGCGGAUGCAGUACAAACACGUGUGACCCGUGCGUUGCCGGCGGAUACACGUCAUGGUAAUGUGGCGUUGAUUCCGUUGCGCGGCAGCGAGAAUGAGAUGCGGAACAGCGUUGCAGCUUUCACCGCCGACCCGCUUGGCCUCUUUAGAGAUGUCUGAUAAUGGGGCCAGACAAGGGGAAAGACCACCAGCUGUAGAACCCACAAACUCUUCAGAACAUUCCAGUAACGACAACCCCCCCCCCUCUCCGCCACACUCACCUGUGCCUACGAGCUGGACCUCUAAGCAGGGGCAGCAGGUGUGUCAUGAGGAGAGAGAGACUCUGUUACCACAGUGUCUUUUAGGACUGCAGUGCACCCUGGGAUACAUGGAGGACCUGUAAGAAGCUCCUGGUAUGGACUGAGAGGCUGAGAACAAAGACUGACUGAGAACAAAGACUGACUGAGAACAAAGACUGACUGAGAACAAAGACUGACUGAGAACAAAGACUGACUGAGAACAAAGACUGACUGAGAACAAAGACUGACUGAGAACAAAGACUGACUGAGAACAAAGACUGACUGAGAACAAAGACUGACUGAGAACAAAGACUGAGCCUGACUGAGGACAGCCUGACUGAGGACAGCCUGACUGAGGACAGACUGACUGAGGACAGACUGACUGAGGACAGACUGACUGAGAACAAGGACUGACUGAGAACAAAGACUGACUGAGAACAAACUGAGCCUGACUGAGGACAGACUGAGCCUGACUGAGGACAGCCUGACUGAGGACAGACUGACUGAGGACAGCCUGACUGAGGACAGCCUGACUGAGGACAGACUGACUGAGGACAGACUGACUGAGGACAGACUGAGCCUGACUGAGGACAGACUGAGCCUGACUGAGGACAGACUGAGCCUGACUGAGGACAGACUGAGCCUGACUGAGGACAGACUGACUGAGGACAGACUGACUGAGGACAGCCUGACUGAGGACAGACUGAGCCUGACUGAGGACAGCCUGACUGAGGACAGACUGAGCCUGACUGAGGACAGCCUGACUGAGGACAGCCUGACUGAGGACAGACUGAGCCUGACUGAGGACAGCCUGACUGAGGACAGACUGACUGAGGACAGCCUGACUGAGGACAGACUGACUGAGGACAGACUGACUGAGGACAGCCUGACUGAGGACAGCCUGACUGAGGACAGCCUGACUGAGGACAGACUGACUGUUUGUCUCUGAGGGUCUGGAGAUAAUGAGAUGAUCUUCACGGACAAUCCAGCCGUCCCUGUAUGUCCCACAUCAACCCUGUCCCUGUAUGUCCCACAUCAACCCUGUCCCUGUAUGUCCCACAUCAACCCUGUCCCCUCCUCUAACCGUCUCUCUCGCUCCCUGUUGUGAACUCUCCCCCACCUCUACCCUCAUCCCGUCAGCCUCACCCGUGUGCCCUUCUCUCUUAAAGACUCCCCCAUCUAUAGGGUGCUCACCCCACCUCUCCCAGGGUGUUCUUCCUCCAUGUUUUAGACUGUAAUUAUUUAUUUAUCCAGCAGAGGGAGCAGCAGAGGAAGUUAAGGGGGGACUCUGUCCAUUUAGAAAUAGGGUCAUGUAUGUAGGUAAACUGUUGAAACAUUGUGAUGUUUCAGACAAACAUACUAGACAUUAAGUUGGUUCCACUAGACAUUAAGUUGGUUCCACUAGACAUUAAGUUGGUUCCACUAGACAUUAAGUUGGUUCCACUAGACAUUAAGUUGGUUCCACUAGACAUUACGAGGGAGGACAGUGAUGUGUGUGUCCAAGUUCACUUAUUGUAGUGACAUCAUUACUCCCACCUCUAGGGCUUAACCUGUAGAGACACACACCCAGCCACCCACCAACCCCCCCCCCCCCCCCCCCCCCCCCCAGCCACGGUGAGAGACAGGUUUCACAACACCAGUGUGACUGACUGUAACCUACUGGUCAGGAAGGGUCUACUGUUCUGGGGAUGAAUCAAAAAGCUCUGUAUUCUCAUCAAUAUCAUAACACACUCUCAAUCAUCUUAUUAAAUGUAACAUUUCAGUUUUAACCGGUCUCUGUCUUAUAAAUGUGUUUUUAUGUGAAAAUAACUUUUGUAAAUUCUGCAGUUCUUCAGAUAGUAACUGUAGGUAUGGUUUUAAUAAAGUCAAUGCUUGUUGUAUCUACA